CCCCACCCAUAUAAACCGGCGGGGACCUAUUCGUGUGCGCGCAUCCCAUCGCUAUAUAAGAGAAUGCCAGACGGUAUUGCCGAUCCUUCUGUACUUGUACCUCACCUUGAUUAUCCGUGUGUGCACUAUCAAUUCGAUUUAUCAACGAUUCACCAAUCAUCCGUGAUGUUGACAGUGGGCUUGUUGAUGGGUGUCCUGGUGGGUGCGAUGGGCUAUCCAGCGACUUGGCCCGCAUCCCAGUAUCACGCACAGGAUCCCUCCGGGUCUUAUCGGUAUGGCUAUUCAUCCCCACAUCAAGCCAAAAUGGAGUCCCGAGCGAAUGGAGUUACCCAAGGGGGUUACUCGUACAUCGAUGCAAACGGAAUCCUCCAGACAGUGGCCUACACCGCUGACGAUGUGAACGGUUUUCGUAUACUAGCGAGUAAUUUACCGCAGCAAGUGGAGAACUCAUUAAUUCGAUCGGACGAUGAAUCAAAGAGCCCGGGGGUGCGUCGCAAGCACUUGGCAGACAACGAUAAAUAUGAAAAUUCAAUAAUCGAUAAUGAGAGUGAUAGCGAGAUGCGUGUGAAUCCAUUUUUAUUAUCACCAUCUGAAGCAGCGAGCAUUAAAGUCCCCAGGCCCCAUUUAAUAUCAAACAUCAAAGAGACAUCGCCAUUGGUUAAUUAUUCACCGGUUAAUCCACAACCAAGUGCUUAUGCGCCAAUUGUCCCGUGGAGAUUGACGCACAGUGCACUGCAUCAUACGCAGGAUUCCCUUGGACAAUAUGACUACAGUUAUGCGGGUGAUACCAGUGCUAAAACCGAAAGUAGGUCUCUAGAUGGCACAACCAGAGGUGCAUACAGCUACAUCGACGCUAAUGGAUUACUCCAACAGGUACACUACAUAGCUGAUCACAACGGAUUUCGAGUGCUGGCAACGAAUCUCCCAGAGGCUUAAUAAACCACCAUUUAUACCACUAAAUUUCAAAUUUAUUGCUUUAUCUCUCUCUCUCAUUUCAUAGCCCUCGUCGAGUGAAAUAAACUGCUUUCAUAUCGAUAAAAUAGUAAUACCGCAAGAAGAUUGAGAAUGCCAAUGAAGAAAUGGAUAUGAAAUCGCUGAAGUACUCCACAGGGAAAACAAUUUCUUACCUCCUAGAGAUCAUUUUGAAAAUUUUAUUUAUUGAGUGUGAGAAAUAUUUUUUUACUGUUCCAAGUACUUGCCAAUUGUUACAACAAUGCAAUAUUUCACCCGACGAUCAAGCCCUCUCGAUUCGACUGUGGGAAUACCUCAAAUUGAAUUGACAGGGUUCAACUCAUAAUUUCUAUGGUAAAUGGGAUCCUUUGUUACUUUAUCAUAACGAAACGAAUGCCUUUCGAGUUGAUUCAACAGGUUUUUUUAGUAAAUAAUACAAAAGGCCUCGAUAUGAAUGCAUACUUGACUCGCAUUCGUAUCACCAGUUCACCAGUUAUAUCGAAUACGAAUUAAAAGAGUUGGACUUGUCUCUUUUUUUUUAAUUAUUUUUGUACCUGUACUGUAUGUGAAAUAAAGCCAUUUAUAUUCCUCUGUACUUAACAUUAAUGGAAA